AGCAGACAGCCGUACAGUGAAGCUGGUAGAUCAUUCCAAAGUCUCGGCGGGCAAUCGAUGACGACGGUUGAAGGCUGCUUUCGUGUGCCAAAGCAGGCAGAUUGGCUGUUGGCACGCAGGAAACGAGUGUUGCGCAAGUGACGAGAAGCCAUUUGGGGACAAGCAUGGCGCUUGAUGUCGCUUUAUGAGAGGAAGCAGCGCUCGAGAGAGUCUGAGGAGACCAUGAGGGACAGACUCAGCGACAGACCCCUCUAAGCUCACCCUGGUUGCCCUCCCUCGAAUCCUUCGCCAACUUGGGAAGCAGGCCAGAAUGAGGCAAUGGUCCUUCAUCUCCUUUGUCGCUGCUUGUACCGUGACGGCGCUGGCCAAGCCAUCAUGGCCAAAGGUCGACACGGGCGCUCUGGCGCAGCGCAACAGCUUGCUCGAGCGAGGGGACCAAGCGCUCGCAGAUAGCCCUAUCGAGGAGCGCAGUGUGCUCACAAACAUCUACGACGUCAAGAUGGACAUGUACGGCAUGUGUGCUGAGACGGGCGGUGUCAUCGGUAGGCCCUUUCCAGCCGUAGAAGGGCGCGCUGACCAUAGAAAGGAGAGCAGUCACGACGAUCAAGGUACGCCUUGGCAUGCGACUGCUGACAAUCCUCUUGAUGAUGUGACGCAGACCGAGCUUCACGUCUUCAUACAGAGCAAGAUAGCGGAUGCCGUAGCGGUGAGCUGCUUGCAUAUUCACAAGAUGCAUUGGAUGACAGCGGAUCGGCAAGGUCAAUGCAACGCCAAUGACGAAUCUGACCGUCUUUGAAAGACAUCCGGACUACGUCACAGUGCAGCUGACUGUCAAGGGAGACUAUAGCAAGUAUCCUCGCAUAUCAAAAGCGCGUCAAUAGCUGAUGGCGCGACAUCCCGACAGACACCGAACUCGAUGAUGAGUGGAAUCUCGUGCGCCGUCUCGGGCUUGUGCGCAGACGAGGCUGAUCUUGGCUUGCGACAGUAUUACGACUGCUGCCGCGCUGUCUUGAUUGUCCGCUUCGAUGCUCACUACUCGGAGGACACGAUCGAGAAUCUCACAGCCAGCCUUGAGAACUACUGCGCGCCCGAUCCAAGGGCAGAGAAGCCGAAAUGCGAUGACCCUCGGGGUUGGCCGGGUACGCUCCGCAUCUGCUGAUAAUACGUUGGCAUUGACUGCGAGGCGUCGGUAUCACAGGCCAUACUGCCUGCAAUAUCCUUUCGAGCACGCUGACUGUUGACGGGAAUCGCUACACGCCAACAGUAGUGCCUGCCGCGCCAUAAGAUCUG